AGAUAUAAAUAAGGCGAUUCGUCCGAAGAUCGGCAUAGUGAUAAUCACACUCGACGCAGAAACGUUGAUAAUCGCAAUAGCAUUGAAUCUAAAACUUGUAAAAAAAUGGCAAAGUAUUUUGUACUGUUCCUGAUAGUUGCCGCAGCAACCGCAUCACCUGCACCUUACGGAAUCCAUGGUCAUCACGAUGAGCACGAUGGCCACAUCGGCGUCCAGCACGAUCAGCACGAGCACUCCCUCGAUUUGGGCUCCCAUCACGAGACGCACGGCGAACUUGAACACGGGCACAAAGUCGAACACGGUCAUGAAAACGUCGGACAUGGACAUGAAAACGUCGGACAUGGACAUGAAAACGUCGGACACGGACAUGACGAAGAUGAACAUACCCAUAAAGGAGUAGAAUACGGCCAAGUCGUCCUGGACCAUGCGGGUAGCAAUCACGGAAGUCAUCAUCACGGACACGAACACCAGCACGGUGGAUUAGUAAAGGGUCACGGAUCGGAUCACGAUUCGGAUGAACAUCACGAUUCCCACGAAGAUGAUCACGAGGACCACCAUCAUCAUCAUGAUCAUCAUGGGUAUUAAACGCUUGGACGUACGAGAGAGACUGGAGCCGAGGGACGAAGAAGCGCCAUGGAGUCUGAAGGUUGACGAGCGUUUCUUCAUCCAAUCAAUAAUAGAAUGAUGCAGAAAAUACUGUGAAAACAGCCCAGCAUGUUAAGCGAAUUCAAUAAAUCAAUUGUAAAACUCUGAAA